AUGCAUCAAUGAGCUCAGCACUGAGUUUAGAAACUUGCCCGUAGUUACAGGGUUGUUUUAUAUCACUUUGAAAUGAAUAACUGUCACUUGGUAAUAAAUUAUUUGACCAGUCCAUUAAUUUUCAACUCGUCUCUAAUAUCGAUUGUCUUGUAGCUGAAUUUCAUUCAUUGAUUGGGCUUAUGUAAUCUAAAACGGUCUUAGUAUACGUUUUUGUUCUUAAUCCGGCUUUAGUAUAUAUUAUUUAGUAUAAUUAAUCUUGUCCCAGAUAUUUCUUAAGUUUGUCGUUGUAGUUUGAAAUACAAUGGGGGAUAAUUUGAUUGGUUUGACCAACGAAGAAGCUCAAGCUUUAUGUAAAAAUUCUGAUGAAUCUACGAAAGAUUUUAUUAUGCAGCAGACAAUGUAUCGGAUCAAGGACCCGAGAAAGACUAUUCCAUUUUAUACCGGAGUAUUAGGUAUGAAGCUGUUGCAGAAAAUUGAUAUAGCUCCUUUGAAAUUUACUCUCUAUUUCAUGGGAUAUGAGAAUCCUAAUGACAUACCUUCUGAUAAUGUCGAAAGAACUAAGUGGGCUUUAUCAAGAAAGGCAACAAUAGAAUUGACCCAUAAUUGGGGUUCUGAGAGCGAUCCAGAUUGCGAUUACCAUAAUGGUAAUUCAGACCCAAGAGGAUUUGGUCAUAUUGGAAUCCAUGUAAAUGAUGUCGAAAAGGCUUGUGAAAGAUUUGAAGAACUUGGUGUAGAGUUUGUUAAGAAGCCUAAUGAUGGAAAAAUGAAAGGAAUUGCAUUUAUUAAAGAUCCAGAUGGGUACUGGAUAGAAAUCUUUUCAUCGGGAACUAUAGCUGAACUAACCAACUGAUCCAUGGGCAAGAAAAAACUGGAAUUCUGAAUUCUGGAAUUUUUAUAAUAUUUUAUUAAUUUAUGUUUCAUUUUAUGUGAUAUUUUAUGUAUCUUGUUUAAUAUGUUCAUUGUUAUUUUAUUAUUUAAAAAAAAAUGAGUAUUAUGUAUUCAUAUUUUAUUCGAAAUAUGUGUAAAUGGAUAAAUAUUUUCACAUUAAUCACCUAUUUUUGUAAUUGUUCAUUAAAAUGAAUAUUUUGCUGUGA